GCUAAAUCUAGGCGCCGCGCAUAUGAACGGUGUACAAAAAUCGGACGAAUUUCUCUCUUCCGUGCUAAAGUACCCGUUUUCCCUCUUCUUUGCCAAAAGUAGGUACGAAUACCUUUUCACACAGGUAACGGGUACCAUUCUACUCUCUGCCACCUAAUUCCCUCUCCCAAACUAAAGAAAAUUUUCAGCCUUUCUUUUUUUUCAUUGGCUGAUAUCAUCCCACUUUUUAUGCAGCCUUCUUAUAAGAGGCUCAUUCUAUCCAUCUCGCAUCUUUGUUCCUGACUUUAUCAUCACCAACUAUACCCCUAUAUCCUCUCCUCCCUUUAACACAAACUUCUCAUCGUCAUACAUACUUGUAUACGGUGACUUGUUCUUGUUAAUAGUAGAGGAAGAUACUCAAGCUUAACAACUUUCAAACACAAACACACUUCUUUCAUCAUGAGUUCGCAAGUGGUUCCCGUCCGUGAAAGCGACCCUCAGACAGGCGCAACAAACGCUGAUGCCCACGUCAACCGCCGUUCAUCAGAAGAAAAGAAGAACCCAUCAACAAACGGAACAGAGGCCGAAAAGAAAGAUGAUCCAUUAGAUCACCCAAAAGAUUUGGGCAAACGUCUUGAAGCUUCUGGUGUCUCAGAUGCAUACGAACGUAAAGUGUACAUCUUGAACCGAGUCAUGAACGAACAUAUCGGAAUGGGAAAAUUCCAAUGGGCUCUUUUCUUAUUGUCCGGUUUCGGUUGGUUCGUUGAUAAUCUAUGGCUUCAAGGUGUUGCAAUCAUCUUGCCUGCCGUUCAACGUGAAUUCGGUAAAACACAAAUUCAAUGGAUGACUUUUGCCCUUUAUAUCGGUUUGAUCAUCGGUGCUGCCGGUUGGGGUAUUUUGGCCGACAUUGUAGGUCGUCGUCUUGCUUUCAACGCUACUUUGGCUUUGUCCGGUAUCUUUGGUAUCGCUGCAGGUGGUGCACCCAGCUUUGUCGGCUUGGGUGGUUUGUUGGCCGCUUUGGGUGUCGGUUUGGGUGGUAAUUUGCCCGUCGAUGGAAUGUUGUUCUUGGAGUUCAUUCCAGGUGACAAGCAAUACCUUUUGACGUUAUUGUCCGUCUUUUGGUCUUUGGGUCAAUUAUUCGCAUCUUUGAUCGCUUGGGCCUUUAUCGCAAACUACACAUGUCAAGGAAGCAAUGUUGAAACAUCGGAGCAAUUCAGAGAAUACGGACGAUGCAAUGCUGCAGACAAUAUGGGAUGGCGUUAUACAUUCUACACUUUGGGAGCAGUUACGUUCGUCAUGUUCCUCUGUCGUUUCGCUGUUUUCCAAUUGCCUGAAUCACCUAAAUUCUUGGUCGCUCAAGGUCGUGAUGCAGAAGCCGUUCGCACCCUUCGUGAAAUCGCACGUCGUAACGGAAAGGAAUUAGGUGACGAGGUGAUCAGCGUGAGCAUCUUGCGCUCUGCUGCAGGCGAAGAAGUUGGUAUGGACGAGGAAGCCGAUCUUCCUGAAGACAAGCGUGGAUUCGUUGGUUUAGCUCACUCUUUGAUCGCUGUUCCAAGACAAUUGGGCAAAGCAGUCAAAAACUUCCGUAUCAGCAAUUUGAAGCCAGACGUGAAACACAUUACACCUUUGUUUGCCGGAAAAGGAAUGGCGUUGAACACAACUUUCAUUUUUAUGCUUUGGGCUUUCAUCGGUUUGGCAUACCCACUUUUCAAUGCCUUCUUGCCUCUUUACCUGCAAAACAAACAAUUGGACACAAGUGCUACUACGGUCAGUCAAACUUACUCUGAAUACGCUUAUAUUUCCAUUUGUGGUGUUCCAGGUUCGAUCAUUGCUGCAUGGAUGGUAGAUUUGCCCAGAUCAGGACGUCGUGGUGCUAUGGCAAUUGGUACUUUGUUAACUGGUGUUUUCGUUUUUGCCGGUACAGGUGCACCAAAUCGUGCCGCUUUCCUUGCUUUCAAUUGUUUAGAAGCAUGUUUCCAAAAUAUCAUGUACGGUGUUUUGUACGCAUACACACCUGAAGUUUUCCCUGCUCCUCAUCGUGGAACGGGUGAUGGAAUUGCUUCUUCACUAAACAGAUUGUUCGGUCUUUUCUCUCCUAUUAUCGCCAUUUACGGAGCAACCGUUCCAAACGCACCCGUUUAUACCUCUGGAGCUUUGUUCUUGUUCUGUGCCGUUUUGAUGUGCUUCUUGCGCGUUGAUUCACAGGGAAAGACUGCUCUUUGA